AUGCUGUUUUCAUAAAAUAAACAGGAGCAGCAGCUAUGUAGUGCAAAAAUAAAAAAUAAAUCAAUAAAACCCUCGGUUUAAUUGUAAAUACAUCUGAUUAUUUCCGUAUAAAAUACAUAAAUAGCUUACAAUGGUAGAAUUAAAAACCUAGCCUCGACUUGCUGCUACAUUUAUUUCUGUUUCCGCUUCCUAUUAGACGCCGCCGGCGCGCUGACGUCAGAGGGCGGGUCCAACCAGAGGACAGAGGGGACUCUACAAUGGGAGACAGUUUUCACGAGCAGCUGAUGGAGGACAGCGACUUCCUCAAAGCUGAGGGCAGACUGGACACAGAGGUGGUGGACAAACUCAUCCUGCAGCUCAACAGAAUCUACCCGCAGAUCCUCACAGACAAGGAGGCCACCAGAUUCAGGAAAUUGGACGUCCCCACGAGUGUGCGCCUGGGUGAGCUCCUGACCCACUUGCAGGGCAAAGGCGAGGAAGCAUGCAGAGAGUUUUACAGAGCUCUUCACCUGCAUGUAGAGGAGGUAUACUACAGUUUACCCACACGACUCCGCCUAAGAGAUUUCUUGGAUCCGCUCUCAAUUCCCCAUGUCCCCGACCAGAAACAAGUUCUGAACGACAGAGGUCCCCUGUUCUUUGUGGGUUGUUUCAGCAUUGCAGUGGGAAUGGCUUUACUCUACUACUACAGUGAAGCUAAAGUGACUGGCGGGAGCCGGGCCCUCGGGAUGGCUGGUCUGGGUCUGAAAAAACAAGCUCAGGAGGUUCUUAUAUGGUACGCUGAAGAAAGCCUUAUGAAUUAAUGUGUGAUUACUUCUCACCAACACUGCUCUUGAAUACUACUUGUACCAAAGCACAGCACACACUAUUACUCAAGGGUUUGAUACUAAUUUUCUACACAGUGUACAUUUGAUAUAUUCAUUUUCUUGUGGUCUGAAACGAGAAAGAUGGGACGCGCUUGGAGCUACUUUUAGCACCUUCGCUCCUUUUUUUUGUGUUACGUAUGUUGAAAUAGGUGAAAGGGAUGAAUAGAACUGAGGCUAAAAACAGGUGCAACCGCGUUAAACUAUUUAUCUUAGCAAGAUUCCACUGACACAGCAUAAAGCAGCUUCUUUUUUUGUUUUUAUAUACAUACUGCAACAGUGACAAAAUGAGGCAUUCCUCAUAAAUAAUGGCGAGCUACACUCUUCGGUGUGAAACCAUCCAAACAAGGGAUAAAUUCAGCAAUUUUACAAUACAUUUUAGUAUUGUGACUUAUCAGACUAUAAAAUAAAUAAAUAAAAAUAGCCCUAAGCUCUUCAUCGUACUCUCCAAACUGAGUCAGUGAUGGAGUCCUAUCAACCUGAAACAUGACCCCCAUCUUGUGGCCACAGAGAGGGGCUGCAUCAUUAACUUAUUUUGGUGUCUUAGGACCUAACGCAAAUUCUAUCGAUCAUCUUUAAGCGAAUUAAAAAAAGAAAUGAAACUUGCGCACAUCCGAAAGCAAUAUCGUACGUGUACAUUAAAACUGCAACGUUUUAGACGACUUUAUACGGCUUUCUGUAAUCACGUGAUUGCUUCCACCAAUGAUAUUCCGCUGUCCCGGCGUAUUGAAUUCUGGGUACAUAUGUGACCAAAACCAAAACAUAUAACCGCAUAAAAUCAAGAUUUGUAGUUAAAACGCGCAAACAACACCAGUUGAUUUAAACAACACGUGAAAUACGACGAUUCUAUGGCUGUAAACGUGUUAUCCGGAAAUUACACCAUGAGUUAAGCGUCGCUCUAUAGUUGAGUCUAUAUAACGUGACGUAUCGUGUUGUUAAGGUUGUGUUGUAUGAAAGGAGAGAAGGUUAGCACUCCCCUUGACAAGGAUGGAAUUGGCCCUUGUGGCCUGCAACACACAUACGGUUAAGGCACUGCCACCUACUUCGUGGCAUCUCUAACCAAGUUUUUUUCCCCACUAUGUUUUUAUUUAAUUUUUAACAUGUAUUAAAUUCCUGGGAGAUUCAUCUCUGGAUCGCCCUCUAGCAGUGCCUUACUGUUUAACUGCCUGUGUGCAUGGCUCAUAUCGGGUCUCAAGUUUCCACCAUGUAGCUCAAGAGCGGAAGCCUGUCACUGUACUUUUCCGUAUCUUUGUUUCCGCUGCGUGGCUCAGACAGGAUGGGAGUAUUUAUUUUUUCUGUUGCCUUGUGGCACCAUUGUGCCCACCACCGAACACAUGGAGGAUUGCUGCGUGAUUAUUAUAAUAAUUAUUUUUACACACGGUCUUCAAUCUAAAACACAGAAUUUGAACUUAAUUUGAGGUAAGAGUGAUAAACAGAUAUGUACUGUGUGUGUGUAUUUAUAUAGGUAGAUAUCAUACUGUGCCUCUAUGCAAACUAUAUUUAAGUCCAUUUUAUAAAAAGUCUGGUAGCAAUUUGUUUGCGCCAACAUUUUAAGCAGAUCAAAUGUGUUUUUGAACAAUUGCAUUAGAAUGUGUAAGCAGCUUUGUGGUUGUGGAGGUUAAUCCCCAGUAUUUCAGAGGUCAAUAUCAGAGACAUUGUGCAACUUGCAUGGUUUUGCCGUUUGUGACUCUUGCUCCACAACUUUAUAACAUUACUAUUUUUCAUUUAUUAAUGUAUACACACUGAGUUUUUUGUAUUUCGUGUGUACUGUGUCAUACUCCAGUGCCUUGCAUUCACAAUUGUCAUAAUUGCCAUAAUAAUAAUAAAUAAUUUGUAAAACUGCAACGUUUGACUUUGCGCACAAUAAACUCAAAACUUCGCA